AUGGGAAUCGGUGGAAUAUUUGCGAAUACAAUUCGUAAAGCAUUGAAUAGUGUGGUACCGAAGAAACUUUGGCCAAAAAUAAAGAAACGUUUACGUUUUGCAUUCAAUCAACGAGGUAUUAAGCUACCGGUGAUGUGUGGUGUUGAACUGGAAAGACCAUCAUUAAGUUACAUCGAUCAUGCUAUCGUAAUUGAUACCGAUUUCAGCUAUGAUUUACCACGAUUUAUUCGCAAAUUUAAAGUGCAUAUUAAUGCUGAAAUUGCAAGAGCAAGAAAGAAAGAGCAAUUGGAAAGUGAGGAAGACUACUAA